CACUCCCCUAUCCUCUUCCCCAGCAGCUGCUCUCUCCUCGCGGCCACUCUCCCUCCGAUCUGCAUCAGAGAUCUGCCUCGACUGACACCCUCUCUCGUCAACAGCAGCAGGAGCGAUGAACGGCGUGAAUCUUGCCCCAGCAGGCGCCAGCAGUGCCGGCGAGAGCCACAAGAAGUACCAGGUGGUGUUUGUGUCGAGUGAGGUGGGCCCGUGGAGCAAGACUGGCGGUCUGGGUGAGGUGCUGGAUGGCCUGCCCAUCGCCCUGGCAGAGCUGGGCCACCGUGUCAUGACCAUCGCGCCCCGGUACGACCAGUACAAAGACGCCUGGGACACGUCAUUCCGACAGGAGGUGGAGUUCGGCGAGACGACCACGACCGUCGGGUACUUCCACUGCUACAAGCAGAAGGUCGAUCGGGUGUUUGUGGACCACCCCAUCUUCCUCGAGCGUGUCUGGGGACUGACGAACCAGAAGUUCUACGGGCCCAAGUGGGGCGUCGACUGGGACGACAACCAGCUGCGCUUCUCGCUCUUCGCCAAGGCUGUCAUCGCUGCCAUCAAGGGACUGUCACUCGGCGGAUUCCCAUACGGUCGGUGACCGAUGGAGAGAGAGGGGAUGCAUGCGUCAGAGAGGGAGGGAGGGAGGGAGGCAGGGAGGCGGGGGAGACACAGGGUGCAGGUGUGCAUGCUUGCAUCGUCGUAUCGCCAUGUCUCCCUCCCUCCCUUGCAUGCAUGUGUUGUGUCUGUGCAGGUGAGAAUGUGAUCAUCAUUGUCAACGACUGGCACUGCGCCCUGGUGCCCAUCUACCUCGACUACUACAAGAAGCACGACAAGACCGUCGUCUGGACGAACACCAAGGUCAGUCACCACACACACACACACUCUCUCUCCCACGCUCAUUGUAUGCCUCUGUGUAUGUAUGUGCAACUGUGUGUGUGUGUGUGUGUGUGUGUGUUGGUGGCGUGCGUCCACGCAUCAGAUCGCGUUGUUGGAGCACAACAUGGUGUACCAGGGUCGGUUCCCGUACCAGCCCAACAUCGGCCAGAUGCUCAACCUACCCGACAGCUACAUCCAGGAGAUGAGGGCCUACCAGCCACUCAAGGUGAGUAAAUGACCCUUCCGUGGGGGGAUCCACCUACCUCACCACACACACUCACACGAGUCGGCUGCUCUCUCUCUCUCUCUCUCUGUGUGUGUGUGUAUCGUGUGGUCAGGUGGGCCGCCAACACCCCCGCCGCGACGUCAUCAACUGGCUCAUGGGCGGCAUCAAAUACUGCGACAAGUGAGUGGAGUUGCCUGCGCGCACACGAGGCACAACCCCCCUCACUGGUUGUGCCCGUGUGGUGUGUGUCGUGUGCAGGUUGCUCACAGUGUCGCCGACUUACGCCAAGGAGAUGAUGGAGGGUCCCAUCAAGGGCGUGGAGCUCGACCAGCUUGUCAACGCCAAGGGCGGGUACGCUGGCAUUUUGAACGGUAUCAAGGAUGCGGUGUCGCCGGACUCCGAGACCCUCGUCAAGACGGCCAAACUCCCGGGCACAUUCAACGCCGGCACACUCGAGAAGAAGGUACUCACAGCCACAGACGUACAUGUGACACCACACACCAAGACACAACAAGCAUGUGUUGUGUGGUGUCAUGUGUGAUCAGGCUGAGCACAAAGCCGCCCUGCAGAAGAAGUGCAAGCUGCCCAUCAACCCCGCCGUGCCCCUCUUCAUGUUCAUCGGACGACUCGACUUCCAGAAGGGGGUAUGUCAGUCAUGUCCCACACAACUCGCACACGGAGCACACCCCCACCCCCACCCGCCCGCCUCCUGACGUGACGUGUAUGCGGUUGUGUUGGUGUUGGUGUUGGUGUUGGUGUCUGUGGUCAGGUUGACAUCAUGUUGGACGCGUUGGAGGACGUUCUGCCGACGGAGGACUGCCAGGUGCUCGUCGUGGGUCAGGGCCGCGAGGACCUCGUCGAGCAGGUCCUCAAGAUGGCCAAGAAGUACCCAAAGAAAUUCGACGCCGAGAUGAACUUCAAGGGUAUGCAUGACGCCCCAGCCACAUAGGACGAGAGCAGCUGGCCAUCGGUGUUGUGAUGUGGUGUGUGAUGCAGGCACCGACAAGUACCUGGUGUACUCGGGUUCUGACUUCGCGUUGAUGCCGUCGCGCUACGAGCCGUGCGGCCUGGUGCAGAUGGAAGGCAUGCGGUUCGGCGUGCUGCCCCUCGUCACGCCCACUGGCGGCCUCAAGGACACCGUCGAGGACGCAGUCACAGGUAGGCACCUUACACACACUACACAGACACGGAGACGGGGAGAGGGAGAGGAGCCGAAUGAGCGUGUGAUAUCUGUGUGUCUGUCUGUUUAUGGUGGUGUGUGUGGUGUUGUGCAGGUUUUGUGAUGGAGGACGAGGUCGAGCAGGAGACGGUGGUGACUCCCGAGUCGUGCAAGAUCGUGGCCGACAGCAUCCGCCGGGCCAUCCAGAGCUACAAGAACACCUCCCAGAUCGACUCGAUGAGGAAGAACGCCAUGGCCCUCGCAAAGAAAUUCUCGUGGAAGCGGGCAGCGAAGGAGUACAUCUCGGUGAGUCAGUCAGUCAGCACAUAUACCCGCACACUGCAUGCAACCAAGCAAGCACACGACUGACUGUGUUGUGCGUGUGUGUGCUGUGUCUGCAGACUUUUGAGAGCAUGGGAGUGGUCGACGUCAUGUCGACGACGGGCAAGGGCGACGGCUCGGUGGGACCUGACCUCAUCAACUAGACUCACCCACUCUGACUGACUCACUCCCUUCCACUUCACUCACUCUGUCUCACUGGCUCGCUCACUCACUCAUGUAUGUAUGUCUCCUUGCCUUGCCUGCAUUGCUGCAUUUGCCACUGUCUGCCUGUCACUGUCUGUCUGUCUGUCUGUCUGUGCGUCUCUCCAUCUCUCUCGCUGCCUGGCUGUCCAUCUCGCUGUCUGGCUGGCUGGCUGUCAUGUGCCACAGUUUUGUGCUUACGUCGUUGAGCGAUGACCGUGCGUGCAGUGUGCUUACGUGAGUGCGUCCAUGCCAUGGGUGUCUGUGGUCUCUGGCCUCUGAUGUGUGCAAUACAUCGCAUAGCAUGGCAUGUGGAUGGACUCGAUGAGGGAAGAACCAAGUCGUUUUUUCCACACCUACUCACACACGUGCGCACACACUCAUACGGACAUGUACACACACCCACGUACAGAGACACACACGUGUGUUCACACGAUCGCAUGUAUACAUGCGUACAGUCGCUGCACGAGAACAUUCCUUCAUGGAUGUGUCUCCCUCUGUCUUGUCCCGCUCUCGCCUUGGCUGAGCAAGAUGAAACGUGGUAGGGAGGGAAAGACGUAUUCGUGGAGGAGUGAGGCUGGUCGACAGUAUGCUACGCACCUUGCAGGUAUGCACUGAUCGCAUGUGAUUCGCUCCAGUUUUGUGAAAGAAAGACAAACGGCAGAGGGUCUGCGCUGAUGCUAUUCUCUUCUGUGUGGAGGCUGCUGGCUGGCUGGUUGGGGGCGAGAGAGAGAGAGAGAGAGAGAGUCUCCUCUGUCUGUCUAUCUACUUGUGUUCAUUUAUUACAUGCCUCCAUACAUACUACUCCUACCUACCUACUGGCUUGUAAUGCCCGACUCCCUGCCUGCCUCUCUGUCUGUCUCCCGAAGGGACUGAUAUGUGUCAUACCAAUCGGUUCAUCACUCACUCACUGGCUUUAUCCAACCAGAUGCAUAGGCAGACAGAUCUCGCGAGGCAGGCCAGGCCGUGUUUCCCCUUUUCCAUUCCAUUCGACAGCCCAUGCAGCAGGCCAGGCAGCAGAUUUUCUUUCCGUGGCCUCCUCGCCAUGCCAUGUAUUAUCCUCCUUACCCUCGUGACCAAUCUACGUCUACCUGCCUUGUGCCCUGCAGGAAUUGACCACACAUUGAUGACACGGGCAUUUUUCACUUUUUGCUUAGGGAGGCUCUGCCAGGCCUGCCUAUGGAUUUUCCUCCUGUUGCUUUCCCUGAUGAAUGCUCAUGUGGAGAAUGAGAACGAAUUCGGUGGCUGGCCAUGUUUCCGCCGUCCCGCCCCUUCUCUUGAUCUACCUACCCAUCUGUGUAUCUCUUUCGCUCCCAUCUACACUCCACUAGCAUUUUUCUCUUUACGGCUGGUGCGUGGCGUGCGUCGAUGUGAUGGUUAUGAUGUGUGCUCGUGGAUGCGGGUGGUGGUGGUCUGCAUAACGAAGCGAAGAGCGUGCUAUGCUGUGUGGUAUGCACGAUGCACAGGCUGCUGGUUACUUUUCCUUCCUUCUUCACCCUGCUGACUGACUGACUGACUGACUGACGGUUGCUUUGAAUCAAUGCCUUUCAUUUCUCCCUCCCGAGACCUUCCUCACUCUGAGCUAUUUUUCUGCUCUCCUCUCCCAUGCGUAUACUUCAUGGAUGACUGCAUGCACUCGUUCCCUCCAUGUCUGUCUGUCUGUCUGUCUGUCUGGGUCUGUCUGUGUCUGGCUGACUGGCUGCUGUGUGUGUGUGUGUACGUAUAUAUGUAUUUGUGUGGAUGGGUGGGUGUCCAUAUGUCUGCCGAGUGGAUGUGUGAGUGUGUGUCUCUCCGACGACGGGUUGCAUGGCUUUCGGUCUGAGAGUGCCUGCCUAUCUGCCUGCCUGCCUGCCUGCCUGCCUGUCUGGGUGGAGAUUGAUUGAUAUGUG